AUGCAGUUUAAGAACAUAGGAAAGGAUGGAAUAUCUGUUGAGCUAACUAAUAUUGAGCCAUACAUUAUUAAGGACUUGAUGCAGUCAUUUAUUUACACAGAGAAUAUUAACACUACUAAACAACGAAAUUCCAAUUUUCCAAAGUUCCAAUUUAGUUUUUCUAAAGGUGACAAUUUUAACAGCCGAUUAUAUGGCGGUUGCCCAAAUUGUGGUAAUUCAUACGAUUUUUUAUUUUUAUUAGAUGGUUUUGAGAACAAAUAUGUAACUAGCACUUAUGUGAUGUCUAGAAGCUAUUAUUUGAGAUGCAAAAUAUGCAAUCAUCAGUUUUUGAAAUUACAUGACCAGAAUGUUUCAGAUUCUUCAAUUAAUACUACUUUUUACAGCAGUUCUAUUGAUAAAAAACGUAUUUAUAUAUCAGGUAUCAGAAAGUCAUUGUGUUUUGGAACUAGUAUUAAGUGGUGGGCAAAGUCUAAUAAUUUUGGGAAAAGAAUAGAAAAGGAAUUGGAUGACAAGUUAAGCAAAUCUAAUAGUGUAAUGAGGGUCUUAGAUGCUAUGCAUAAAAAGAAGGCCCCUAAAAUCCAGGAAAUUUGUCCUGAAUGUUCACACAACGAGGCAUUCUUCACUCAAUUUCAAGCUAGAUCAGCAGAUGAGGGUACCACAGUUAUGUAUGAGUGCUGUAAAUGUCAGCAUCGUAGGGUUGUUAAUAAUUAG